UUUUUUUUUUUUUUUUUUUGCGCUGCCUCGCAGGGUCAAAACAGGCGCUUUCGUGCUGCUGCUGCUGCUGCUGCUGCUGCUUCUUGUCCGUCUCCUUCUCCUCCUCUCUUUCCACUUUGCCUUCUUCCCCCCAUCAUGUUUGGGAUGCUGAAAGAUCACCUCCAGCCGGGAUUUUUCUUCUUCUUCGUGUGCUUCUGCCACCUCAUGGAACAUCAGAAAGUUCAAGCUGGUAACUGCUGGUUGCAGCAGGGCAAGAACGGCCGCUGCCAGGUGCUCUACAUGCCCGGGAUGAGCAGGGAGGAGUGCUGCAGGAGCGGCAGACUGGGCACGUCUUGGACCGAGGAGGACGUCCCCAACAGCACGCUGUUCAGGUGGAUGAUCUUCAACGGCGGAGCCCCCAAUUGCAUACCUUGCAAAGGUGGAGAGUCGUGUGAUAAUGUGGACUGCGGGCCGGGCAAGAGGUGCAAGAUGAACAGGAGGAGUAAGCCGCGCUGCGUGUGCGCGCCAGACUGCUCCAACGUCACGUGGAAGGGACCCGUGUGCGGCUCGGACGGGAAGACCUACAAGGACGAGUGCGCGCUGCUCAAGGCCAAAUGCAAAGCCCACCCGGACCUGGACGUGCAGUACCAGGGCAAAUGCAAAAAAACGUGCCGCGACGUGCUGUGCCCCGGCAGCUCCACCUGCGUGGUGGACCAGACCAACAACGCCUAUUGCGUGACGUGUAAUCAGAUUUGCCCCGAAGUGACGUCCCCCGAACAGUACCUGUGCGGCAACGACGGCAUCGUGUACGCCAGCGCCUGCCACCUGAGGCGGGCCACCUGCCUGCUGGGCCGCUCCAUCGGGGUGGCCUACGAGGGCAAAUGCAUCAAGGCCAAGUCAUGCGAGGACAUCCAGUGCGGCGGCGGCAAGAAGUGCCUGUGGGACGCCCGCAUGAGCCGAGGACGCUGCUCGCUGUGCGACGGCGCGUGUCCGGACAGCCGGACGGACGAGGCGGUGUGCGCCAGUGACAACACCACCUACCCCAGCGAAUGCGCCAUGAAGCAAGCCGCCUGCUCCGAGGGGGUGCUGCUGGAGGUCAAGCACUCGGGAUCUUGCAACUCCAUCAGAGAAGAGCAGGAAGAGGAUGACGAUGAUGAAGACUACAAGUCCUAUGUCCAUUUAUCUUCUAUGCUGGAUGGAUAGCCCCCCAAUCGCCCCCGCCCCCACACACCGAUCCCCCCUCUUCUGAUCACACCAAUCCCAAGGAACCAUGUCCAUACUGUACAUGAUGUGUAUGCUUAUUUAUUUUGAAACAAAAAGGAAGUAUACAUAUAGUCCAGUCUGCUAGAUGUUUAUUUAUACAUUUUUUGUUUUCUAAUUUAUACAUUUACAAUGUCAGGCUUACAAUCUACCACUCAUUUGCUCCCUUUUUUGUUGUUGUUGUACUUUUUAAUUAUCUUUUUUUUGUCUUUAUUACUAUGAAGAAAUAUAUUUGUCCAAAGAGAAACGGUGUUAUUUAUUUGUCACGUUACCAUAUAUGAGUCCUCGACAAAUGCUGUAAAUUGCAUUCCGCUUUCAUUCAGCUGUAAAAAAAAGAAAGAAAGAAAGAAAGAAAGAAAAAGAAAGAAAGAGAAAGAAUAAAAUCUGCUCGUCUGUGUCAAAUUUCUAUCACAGACAUUUAUGUCACACCUACGUAAAUGCAUGUUUAGGCUGUGUGUUUAUUUAUUGGGAAUAUAUCAACCUUUUUUUUAAUGUACAGAUGUAUUUCUGGUUUGUUUACAGAUCAUAAUAACUGACCAAAGGGAGUCUCUCAAUGUUUUUUUAAAAACAGAUGCAACACAGCAGUAAUUUAAAACGAAAGACAAAAAGGAAAAAAAAAAGAGCCAAUUGAUUAUUCUUUUUGUGUUUUUCCAGUUCACUUUUAGGCCUUUAGCUUUGUCGACAUUCUUAGAUAGCAUUUAUAUUGUGUCAUUAGAACAAAAAGAAGAAAAAGGUACGUUUGGGAUAAUACUUGAUGACUUUUGGAAACAAUGUGCCAUUAACAUUUGUGUGCUGUUGUCUUUCUACGAUGCCAAUGUUGCUCUCGCUGAGCUCCGAUAGGAUUAACGUGUAUUUUACUGCAGUAUUCAACACAAUAUCCCUUCGACAGUGUUUCUAUUCUUUUGUUUCCUCACAUCACAUUUUUAUUUUUAAGCAUUAGCAAGAGAAAUACAAAAUUCUGUUAUGAAUAUAUAGUUUUGUAUUUUUUAUGUAAAUGUCAUAUGUACAUACAAAAAAAGUUUGAAGGUAUUUGUACAGAUAUGAAGAGUAAAACAAUAAACGUUUUUUUUUCCUUA